AUGCACAGCUUCUCUUCCAGAGGACUUCAAGUGAGGGUUCUGGGAGUCCCACAGCAGAACGCAAAGUCGAGAGUCGAGACGCAAGUCAAGAUCUGCCUGCAGCUGGUGACAGACAAGGGCGACAAGGUUCCGCUAUGGUCGCACCUGUCUCUUCCAGAAUACCUCGUACCGAAGGAGAAGCUACGCAGAUUUAGAAACGGCGAACGGUCUCUCAGCGCGAAUGCUGAUGGCGGACGAUCUAUUCUUCAUCUCGAGGCCUCCGUUGUGUGUGCUUCUGAUGUCACAAAGAGUGUGGGUCCGUGUAUGGGCUGCAUCCAACGCGAACGAAAGAGGGCAAGGAAGAAGGAAAUUACAUCAUCGAAGAAGCUUGUCAAACAAGAGACUGGUCAACCCGCGGAUGUUGCGACGAACGCUGAAGAGUCCCUGGAUGAGGAGAGCUUGUCAUUGGAGCAACGAAAGAUCGUUCUGUUCAACUGCGCCGAGAUGGUCGAUUUCAGCAGUGGUGAUACGAUUCUUCCGACACGUAUCACUUGCUAUUGCCGUCAUCAUGGAGAAAAGCUGGGUUUCUGCAUCUACUUCAUUGUCAAGGAUCACACCGGUCAAAUCAUGGCUACUGGUAUUUCUCCUCCCAUCAUGAUCACCGACGACCACAAGUCAACAAAGGCGAAACCACACGUCAGCCGCAAGAGGCAGCGGUUCGAUUCAACAGCAACUGCCGCAGGCUACGCAGGGCGUCUCAGCGUUUGCGGGUCAAGAUAUGCACUUAGCGCCCGUUUGGACUUGACUGUCUUGCCUCAAACGCUGCCAUCGUCUGGGUCGAUCGUUAAUCCGCCGGCGAUCAACAAGCUGAUUCCGGCGGAGGGACCUGUUCAUGGCGGACUUGAGAUUACUAUUCUUGGGAGUGGCUUCUACGAUGGAAUGACGGUCAUGUUCGGCGCCAUCCCCGCGACGCGCACACAAUUCUGGAGCGAGACGACCCUUGUGUGCACCCUCCCUCCCGCACCCGCCCCAGGGGUUGUUCCCGUCCUCCUCCGCGAAUCCCAACAGCUCAUGAACUCAGAAGACAACUCCGACGUCGUCUUCACCUACAAGGAUGACUCAGACCGGGCCCUCAUGGAACUCGCCCUGCAAGUCCUCGGUCUGCGGAUGACGGGCAAACUCGAAGACGCGCGACAAAUCGCCAUGCGGAUCGUCUCGGACCCGACCGGGAACGCCGGUGCCAGUGGAACGGCCGCCGGAAAUGGCGACCUCCGCGGCGCAGAUCUCGAACGCCUAAUUCUGCAAAACCUGUGCGAAUCUGAACUAUGUGCUACGAGCGGCACGCGCACUUCCACCCAGCACUCGAUAUUGCUGCAAGAGUGUCGCCGUGUACGUACGCCCAAGACCCAACACACCUUGCUGCAUCUUGCCGUGUUUGCACGCAUGUCGUCGCUGGCCAAAUGGCUGGUUGCGAAUAAGCUGGUGGAUGUGGAUGCGGUGGAUGCCAGUGGGUUUUCGGCGCUGCAUUUGGCGGCGUGGAUGGGACUUUGGAGUGUUGCGAGGGCAUUGUUGGAAGGUAAGGGAGUGGUCUCGAGUGUUUUUGCAUCCUUCCGGGGUAUAAAUGGGAUUGUUAGGUGCUCUCGAACGGAACUGACUGACGUUAUGCCAUCAUAA